UCAACGCAAGAAAUUCACGCGCAGUGUGUAUAUCUGUCAGGAAGAUACGUGGCGGAGUGUAGUUUUUCAUAAAUUUCAAUUAAAAAAUGUUCAAAUUACAUAUUUUGAGUACAGUCUUUCUGUUCAGUGUAAUUCUAAAAUGUAGCUAUGGAUAUUUCAUAACCGUAGAUGCACAUUCAGAAGAAUGUUUCUUCGAUAGAGCAGAAUCUGGGACCAAAUUAGGGCUUAUGUUCGAGACCAUCGAAGGUGGCUUCCUGGACAUUGAAGUUCGCAUUACUGGGCCGGAUCAAAAAGUGAUCUACCAAGGCGAAAAAGAAUCGUCUGGGAAGUAUACGUUCUCUGCCUAUGAAACCGGUAUCUAUCACUAUUGCUUCAGCAAUAAGAUGUCCACAUUGACUCCAAAGGUGGUUAUGUUCUCAAUGGAAAUAGGCGAGGCGCCCAAAGGAACUAUUGGUGCUGCGAACGAAGGGGAAGCUGGACACACUAAAUUGGAGGAUAUGAUCAAGGAGUUGUCCGGUACAUUGACCGGUAUUAAGCAUGAACAGGACUACAUGCAUGUUCGAGAUCGCAUACAUCGACAGAUUAAUGAAAGCACAAAUUCUCGAGUGGUUAUGUGGUCGGUGUUCGAAGCACUCGUCCUGGUCGUCAUGACCGUUGGCCAGGUGUAUUAUCUUAAACGAUUUUUCGAGGUUAAGCGAGUUGUGUAAGGUGCACCUAUUCAAAUAUAUUUAUAUUUAGAAGGAGAUAAUCUGAAAGCCGUCUUAAAUGAUGGAGCAAUUUCUCUAGUUAAUUAUUUUCUGAUCCAAGUGAAAAUAAAUCGAAAGUUUGCUGAUAA